GAGCAGCGGACGGCGCCGAAGCCGCCUCAAACGCGGGCCUUGCGGCGGCGGAGAGCGCCAGACUCAUUGGAGCCCGCGGCUCCCCGCGCCUUUCAAUGGGCAGUUCGCACUUGCUCAACAAGGGCCUGCCGCUUGUAAGACUUUGAACCCGACGCAGGCUUCAGUGGCUGCCGUGGAGCGGAAGCCUGAGAGCUUUGGUUGGAGACAAUAAGACGUGGGAUGAGGCUCCGUGACAGGACGUGGUUCGGCCUGGGGAUUCUGAAGACCAAAAGCUUUGGACAGGCGAAUUCAUGGUCGUGGAAACCCCGCCCCAAUUAAGCAAUGUCAGGCGUCCGACCUCCCAUCAUGAACGGGCCCAUGCACCCUAGGCCCCUGGUGGCGCUGCUAGAUGGCCGGGAUUGCACGGUGGAGAUGCCCAUCCUGAAGGACGUGGCCACGGUGGCCUUCUGUGAUGCACAGUCCACACAGGAGAUCCACGAGAAGGUGCUGAAUGAGGCCGUAGGUGCCCUCAUGUAUCACACCAUCACACUGACCAGAGAAGACCUGGAGAAGUUCAAGGCUCUCCGCAUCAUCGUGCGAAUUGGCAGUGGCUUUGACAACAUCGAUAUCAAGUCAGCCGGGGAUCUAGGUAUCGCUGUGUGCAACGUGCCUGCAGCAUCUGUGGAAGAGACAGCGGACUCCACCCUGUGUCACAUCCUAAACCUGUACCGGCGUACUACCUGGCUGCACCAGGCACUCCGGGAAGGCACUCGGGUCCAGAGUGUUGAGCAGAUCCGUGAAGUAGCUUCGGGAGCUGCCAGGAUUCGUGGGGAGACCUUGGGCAUCAUUGGACUAGGUCGUGUGGGCCAGGCAGUGGCACUGCGGGCAAAGGCUUUUGGCUUCAACGUCCUCUUCUAUGACCCAUACCUGUCCGACGGCAUUGAGCGGGCCCUGGGUCUGCAGCGUGUGAGCACACUGCAGGACCUACUCUUCCACAGCGACUGCGUGACACUGCACUGCGGCCUCAAUGAGCACAACCACCACCUCAUCAACGACUUCACCGUCAAGCAGAUGAGACAAGGAGCCUUCCUGGUGAACACAGCCCGCGGUGGGCUGGUGGACGAGAAGGCACUGGCUCAGGCCCUAAAGGAGGGGCGGAUCCGUGGCGCAGCCCUGGAUGUGCACGAGUCGGAGCCCUUCAGCUUUAGCCAGGGCCCCUUGAAGGAUGCACCCAAUCUCAUCUGCACCCCUCAUGCCGCAUGGUACAGCGAACAGGCGUCCAUUGAGAUGCGUGAGGAGGCAGCCCGGGAGAUUCGACGAGCCAUUACAGGCCGGAUCCCAGACAGCCUGAAAAACUGUGUCAACAAGGACCACCUGACAGCUGCCACCCACUGGGCCAGCAUGGACCCUGCUGUGGUGCACCCUGAGCUCAAUGGGGCCGCCUACAGCAGGUACCCACCAGGUGUUGUGGGUGUGGCCCCCACUGGCAUCCCAGCUGCUGUGGAAGGUAUCGUCCCCAGCGCCAUGUCCCUGUCCCAUGGCCUGCCGCCUGUGGCCCACCCACCCCACGCCCCUUCUCCUGGCCAAACUGUCAAGCCCGAGGCGGAUAGAGACCACGCAAGUGACCAGUUGUAGCCCGGGAGGAGCUCUCUAGCCUCAGCGCCUGGCGAAGGGUGCUGCACACCCUUGGACCCGAGUGUGUAGAGGUGGCGCCCUGGCGCUCCAGAGACUGGCCCGGGUGUGCGCGAGGCGGGGCCAGAGGCAGCGCUCCCCCAUGUCGGUUGUAGUUGUCCCGUCCUGUGGGCUGGCUCACUGUCCUGUGUCCCUUGCGUUCCUCGUUAAGCAAAAGAAGUUAGUAGCUAAUUCUAUCACGAAUGUUCUUGUCUGUGUACAGUUUUUAGAACAUUACAAAGGAUUUGUUUGCUUAGCUGUCAACAAAAAGAAAACCUGAGGGAGCAUUCAGCAAGUCAGUUUGAGAUUAUUUUUCCUUUUCUACGUUGGAACGUGCCCCGGAAUGAGGCCGUUGGCACACUUCUCAGGACAAUGAAUCCUUCCCGUUUUUCUUUUAACGCCACACAGUGCAUUGUUUUUUCUACCUGCUUGUCUUAUUUUUAGAAUAAUUUAGAAAAACAAAACAAAGGCUGUUUUUCCUGAUUUUGGCAUGAACCCCCUUGUUCCAAAUAAAGACGGCACCUCAAGAGGCUCAGGAGCAUUGGUAGCGCCCAGAGUGCUCAGGAUCAUUGGCAUCUGUCCUGGGGGAGGUGGAGGGUUGGCAGCACCCCCACCUGUGUGGUGCCGUUCUGCUGAUGUGGUAGGCUAGCAAUAUUUUGGUUAAAAUCAUGUUUGUGACUGUAACCAUUUGUAUGAAUUAUUUUAAAGAAAUAAAAAUCCCAGAAAGAG